UCCAAAACCAAGCCACUCACAAUACAAGCUCACACACAUUCAAACCUAUCAGAGAAACAGAGAGACAGAGAGAGACAGAGGGAUCGAUGGCGUCCACUGCUUGUUUCCUUCACCACCAUGCACCCUCCACCACCUCUCGAGCCCCAUCACAGCGCCACUUGUCAAACAUCAAGCCCUCCGUGCUGGUCUGCAAGGCCCAGAAGCAGGUGGGCCAAGACGAAGAGAUCAAUGCCACCGUGUCACGCCGGCUGGCUCUAACCGUGCUCGUUGGCGCUGCAGCCAUCGGCACUAAGGUCUCACCUGCUGAUGCUGCCUACGGUGAAGCCGCUAAUGUGUUCGGGAAGCCAAAGACAAACACAGACUUCUUGCCAUACAAGGGAGACAGGUUCAAGCUGUUGAUCCCGGCAAAAUGGAACCCAAGCAAAGAGGUGGAGUUCCCAGGGCAGGUAUUGAGAUAUGAAGACAACUUUGAUCCCAACAGCUACGUAACAGUCAUGAUCACCCCCACCAGCAAGAGUUCCAUCAAAGACUACGGUUCACCCGAAGAAUUUCUCUCCCAGGUGAAUUAUUUGCUAGGGAAGCAAGCUUACUCUGGCAAAACCGUUUCUGAGGGUGGCUUCGACCCUGAUGCUGUUGCAACAGCUAACAUAUUGGAAACCUCAACACCAGUCAUUGACGGGAAGCAAUACUACUCUAUUUCGGUAUUGACAAGGACAGCCGACGGAGAUGAAGGCGGCAAACACCAGCUGAUCACAGCCACCGUGUCGGACGGGAAGCUUUACAUCUGCAAGGCACAAGCCGGGGACAAGAGAUGGUUCAAGGGUGCCAGGAAGUUUGUAGAGAGCGCUGCAAGUUCCUUCAAUGUUGCUUAAAAGAAGAAAUGGUGGGGGAUUUGUCUAGUGUAAAUGAGUAAAUGCUAUUAUUAGGGGUUCAAUAUUUAGUGAGAAAGAAGAAGGUAUAAAAUGGAAGUCUCCCCACUUUUUGUAUGUAUUAAUGUAAGACUUUGGUGACUCUUCUUCUACGUAAUGCUCUUUGUAUGAGAUAGAAUUGUUGCA